GCGCCAACGAGCUGCGCCAAGGUGAUAUGACAGUGCCUUUUACAAUCUACCAAACCAGGCACCUAUCUAGGUAAUUUUUGUCCACACAGCGACUAAAGAGACCAUCACCGGCUGGCCGAGGUGGCUCAAUGAUAAAGCUUGGAGUUUGAACACGGUCAUUCAACAUGAACCAGCAGUACUCGACCUCGAAAGUUACGGUCGAGUACUUCGAUCCCCAUGAUGUAUACAAACUCAUCGCGCCCGGAUUACUGCCGCUGCUGCCUCUACGAAACCUGAAUUGGAAGUCGCACGCUGGGCCCCCACGAUCCAUCAACACCCUCCACGUUGACCUUGUCCCUGCAGGCGGAACUGCUACCGGUAGCGCGGCCGCUGCCACUCUUUCCCCAAUAGCUUCCCCGCAACCCAAACACGCCUUCGAACCCUCAACAAACGAUAACCUCGAUGGCUUCCAAACCCAGACACCUGGCGGUAUCCCAGCCUCGGGAGAGCAUGCCGACGCGCUCGCGCCUCCAGCGCCUGGACGAGAGCGACGUCAUCAGAUCCCCGGGCUUCGACGAACACCGUACUUAAAAGUCCUCCUGGUGCGAUGCGAUGACAACGAUUCUUACAAGGCGCAAACGCGCUCCGAAAUUCGCGACUGGCUCAAGCAAAAUACACCCCCGCAAAGCAGUAAAAAGGCCAGCAAAGCCGAGAACCAUGAUGCCUUCGAAUGGCUCAUCGUCCAUGUCGUCAUUCCCAACACCGUCGCGGCAACCCAGCCGAGAAUCACUGGCAAAAGUGACGCUGCCGACGCCAAGGUCGCCUCACGCUGGAGGGGUAGCUCGACAACCAUACUCGAAAAGUUGAUGACCGACUUCAACACGACCAAGGGCCCCGUGGAUAGAGUUGCCCAAAUUCGCAUUGGAAUCAACGACGUACCUUACGACAUACUCCCACGAGUCGUGCCAGCAGUGCCUACUGGGUAUACCGAGACUGCGCAAGACGUCGAAAAUGCCUGGGCCGACCUCAUCGGCAAAAUGAAGGCAUGGAUCUUGUCAUCAUUUGAUAUGCGCGUCAGUCAAUACGAGGAGGAUAUCAAGGAAAAGGAUGCACAGCGCAAUCUUCCAGGAUGGAACUUUUGCACAUUCUUCAUUCUCAAAGAGGGACUGGCUCGUGGGUUUGAAAGUGUUGGCCUGGUAGAGGAUGCUCUGGUUGGUUACGAUGAACUGAGCGUCGGUCUUGACGCAAUCAUUCACGGCCAGGCUGGAACACAGGCCGCAGAGGCACAUGGGGGCUCGCUGCUACCAUAUACCGAAGAGCUGAAGGUUAUGGCACAGAGGGCGGUAGAGGAAGCGAGUGACGAGGGCCUGGACCCUGACGACGACAACGAGCGGCCGGUCGAUCUGCAAGCUGGCAACCCCAACACAAAAGCGAGUCGAGGAGCGGGUGCAACAGGGACGAAUGCCAUUCCCGAUUCCUUUGACCAUGAUGUCCUCAUUAGCGCAAAUAAAAAACCCUACCGUGAGCUUAUCCUCGCCAACAACGUAUCUGUGUUUGACUUCAGAUGCUAUAUUUUCGCCCGCCAAAUCGCCCUGCUCUUCCGCUUGGGCAACGCCACUGCGACCAGGGAAGAGCUCCUUGCCAAGACAAGGGAACAACAGGAAUACUUGCUUCACGGAGUAGCACCCCGGACACCCGCUCUUGUGGACAACAGACAACAUAAUGAUACAGAAAACCUCUCCAUGCUAGCUGAAGUCUGUCGCAGGACAUUGGAGUUUAUUCCUUCUGUGUCAACGGUCAUGCGUCAGGACUUGCUCGCGGCUCUUGGUGCAACGAGCACAAAAGAGGAGCAGCAGUCCGUGACUGGCAAAUCGUUUCCGUCUCCUCGUUUGGUCGAGGUGGUUGACAACAUCGUUUCAUCUUUUGCAUUUUCUGCCGCUCAACAGAUCCUUGCGCAAACAUCCACCAAGGCGUUGCCAAUACCAGAACCGAGUGUGGCCGAACAAGAUAGCACGGAGCCGAAAGCCAAGAUCCCGGAACCCAAGACCAUGAUGAAUCCGGCGAGAAGCUCUUCUUUGCAUGGGGCGUUUGGGGCACACGCGCAGCAAAGCAUAGGGAUUGCCCAAGGUUCUCAGGAGGCAGGCCUUGUUCACACCCAGUUUCUCAAGGCUGGUUUAGAAGAGUUGGCGGCUAGGCGUGCAGAGCUUUUCACUCUAUCGAGAAACAUCCUUGAGGAAUGUGGAAAGAAGUGGGGAUGGAGCGACGGCUGGGAUUCCGUUCCUCUGGUAGGAGAUCCCGAGCUUGACGAUAUGGAAGACAUAAACUUGGACGAUGAGAGUGGCGACACACCGACCAAGCAGGCACCGACUACAACAGCACAUGCAUCCCCUUCUUUAUUCGGGUUGGGGACACGGCUCCUAUGGACAGCACUUGACAGCAAAGACGACUUCUACCGACUGUACGAGACACUCACUCUCAAGGCGCUUCGGCACUAUAUAGUUGCGAGCCAUUUCAACUCGGUCAAAGCAAACAUGGUUGAUAUGGCAGUUCUCAAGUAUCACCUGGGAGAGUUCCGCGAGGCAGCAAAGUAUUUCAUGGACACGAUCCCUUUCUUUGGAGAAAGAGGGUGGUCUCUCCUCGAGUUAUCGCUGUUGGUUAUGUACUGCAAAUGUCUCGAGGAGCUUGGCCAUAAAGACGACUACGUCAAGGUCGCUUUGAAGCUGUUAUCCAAGGCUGCGAUGGCAGAGCAUCAACGCCGUGAGCAUCGUCGGUCCGCAAAAGAAGUCGACAAAGAAAAACCUACCGCAUAUCCUGAAAGCACUGUGAUCAGGGGGUUUCUUCCCAGUGUGCUCCAGAUCACUAAAGACUUGACGCACGAUGUGGUGGUUCCCCUGUGCGAUUUCGUCUCCGAAAUUGCGUUUGAUGGCGCUCCCGUCUACCAUGAUAUGCAAGACAGCUUCUCGGUAUGCCUGGCUGUGCACAGUCUACUGGUUGAUGAGCUGGAACUAGAUCAUGCUCAAGUCAAGCUGCGAUGCAAUGAUAGUGGCGGACUGAAAAACAUCUCACUUGCGACCUCUUCUCCAGUCUGUAUCAAACCGGGCAGAAACAAAAUAGAGCUGACAUGUAAUGCAGCUGUUGCCGGCGAAUAUGAAAUUGAACAAAUCCUGCUGCGCAGUGGCAAGCUGCAGUUUCACCUCGGAAGGGAUCCGACCUUCAAGACUCACAAGGGCAUCAGGGGCACCGCACAAUCGGACAUUGUGACCAAUUCCAAACUCGGCGUCUUCCAGAGGGCGGGAUCCUUGGACAUUCGCCUCCUACCUGCGAAGCAGAUCCAGCUCGACAAGAACAGCUCUCUUGAAAUUGAACUCACCACCGGAUGGAACAAGACACGGACAUGUGACAUCCGUGUCAAACCUGCUACGGGAGGGCUCAGGCUCCUUGUGUUCGAAGGGAUACUAGUCAACGGGGAGAAAGAAACGAAACUUGAGCCCCCAGAAGGUGGGUUAUUUCACCUGGGAGAACUGGAAAAGGGAUCAACUGUCCGACUUCGUUUUCCCUACACGGUCGAGCAAGAUGUACCCGCAAUCGCCGUCAGGGUCGAGUUGAUUUAUACCACCAAGGAGGAUGGGCCGGUUUACGAGUUCGCCAAAACCCCUUCUAUCAGCAUCUCCUUGGCCCUAGGUGUCAACGUGCAGGAUGUUUUCAAGCACAAUGUCCUCUUCUCUCGCUUUACAGUUACAACGGCAAGUGCGAGCCCUUUGAGACUGUUUGCAAGUCAAUUGUUGGAGUCGGAUCUGUUUGCACCAGACCUUGGUGACACCGCGCCUCAUUCAAUUGACGGCACGUAUCCCAUUACUAUCUUUCCAGAACAACCUGCCAGUUUACUGUACAAGAUGGUGCGAAAACGGGAAUCUAUAGUCAAGGGAAAAGGCACAAGCAAAACAAUGUACCUCAAACUUACAUACAGUGUGGUGCAAGAUGAGAUCGAAAGCCUCGUGGAAGCUUCCCUUAUGCAGGCCUUUGAGUCGAACGAGGCUCCGGGGAAGUCACUCUCGACAUACUCACGGCUAGUUACUGGCAUCGUGCUAGCUCAUAUCAGAACGGCGCUGCUUGCAUCUGGCGACCUUGAGCAUACUAUAAUGUCUGGCUUUGUCUCGACCGCGUUUCUUGCCGAUGUACCAUGGGAGACACGCUUGGCAACGCAACUCAGCGUUUCAAACGGAUACCAAAUCGCGUCCAAGCUUGCAUCGGUCAUUAGGGAUUGGCAAGUACAGCAUCCCAGGCUUGCCCUGACCUCGUCUGCAGACCAGCCCCAGGAGCUUGCUUGUAUAAUGAUUCCUGUGGACAUUCCAUCAAUCACCAUCGUACACACAGCAGAUAUUCAACUCCUUCCAGACCAUAAUAAUACGACAGGCAAUGCUGGACGGAAUCAUGGGAUGCCGCAGGAGACGUGGAAAGUGAACGAGUUGAUCCCGUCCAACCUGCACCUCAAGUGGUCAAGGAUAUGGGACACUGGAGACGCCGAGCAAGAAGCUCCCUCACCACCUUCAAGGGACGCAAUCGAGUUCAGCUAUGAAGUCACCGCUCCUCAAGACACAUGGUUAAUCGGUGGGCGACGCAAGGGCCACUUUGUUAUACCGGGAUUGGAUGAGGAUGCGACCAAAGAUGAGAAAUUGGCGUAUGCGCUCGGGGCAUGCUCUACGCCGGACACUGAGGCUGACAUCGCCUUGUUGCUUGUACCGCUUCGUGAAGGCUGGCUUCCAUUCCCCAGCGUUGAGAUUCGUGAGGUGCGAAGUUUUGCUGCUGGCACGACAGCCUCGCGAGAAGGUGAUGUCCAAAAAGUCGGUGCCAACGCCGAAAGAGGGGCCACGUUUGAGACGGACUUUAAAAACUUGGGAGAAGCUGUUCAUGUAAUCGCAGACCGCCAUAGUGUUACUUUAAGUUUGGAUGCCAGUGGGCCAGGAGGAGGUCCAUUGGUUUUGGGCAGUAAUUAA